AUGGCUGGCAGCUCGCUAGCAAUUCGCUCCAAGAUGCUCUCUCCGUCGAUGAUGUCCAUCUCGCGCCGAUCUAUCUCGACGUCGCAACUGGCCCUCCGCGCGAAGCCGAUUCGGGCCAACAACAUCUCCCAGGUGUCGCGCGUCGCUCGCCGCGGCUAUGCUGAUGCCGCCCCCUCACCGGCGCCCAAGCCUAAGAAGCGAUUCCGAUUCCUCCGCUGGGGCUGGCGGUUAACCUGGCUCACCGGUGUCGGUCUUACCGGAGCUCUGGCCUUUGAGAUCUACGCUCAGCGCCACCCCGAGGAACAGUUCGAGCCGGACCCGGAGAAGAAGACCCUUGUCAUCCUUGGAACUGGCUGGGGUUCUAUCUCCCUGCUCAAGAAGCUCGAUACCGAAAACUACAACGUGGUUGUUGUCUCUCCCCGCAACUACUUCCUCUUCACCCCCCUGCUGCCGUCAUGUACCACCGGUCUGAUCGAGCACCGCUCGAUCAUGGAACCUAUCCGCAACAUCCUGCGCCACAAGAAGGCCACCGUUAAAUUUUACGAAGCCGAGGCCACCAAGAUCGACUACGAAAAGCGUGUCGUGUCUAUCAGUGACGACUCGGAGAUUAAGGGUGACAUCUCGCACACCGAGGUGCCUUUCGAUAUGCUUGUGAUCGGCGUUGGCGCCGAGAACGCGACUUUCGGUAUCAAGGGUGUCCGUGAACACUCCUGCUUCCUGAAGGAGGUCGGUGAUGCUCAGAACAUCCGUAAGCGCAUCAUGGACUGUGUCGAGACGGCCAUGUUCAAGGACCAGACCCCCGAGGAGGUCAAGCGUCUGCUGCACAUGGUGGUUGUCGGCGGUGGCCCGACUGGUGUUGAGUUCGCCGGUGAGCUGCAGGACUUCUUCAAUGAUGACCUCAAGAAGUGGAUUCCCGAGAUCAAGGACAACUUCCACGUGACGCUGGUCGAGGCCCUGCCCAAUGUCCUGCCCAUGUUCUCGAAGCAGCUGAUUGACUACACGGAAUCGACCUUCAAGGAGGAGGAGAUCUCUAUCCGCGCCAAGACCAUGGUCAAGAACGUCACCGACAAGUACAUCCAGGCCGAGGUUACCAAGCCUGACGGCUCUAAGGAGAUCGAGACCAUCCCCUAUGGUCUGCUGGUCUGGGCCACCGGUAACGCUGUGCGCCCCGUCGUGCGUGACCUGAUGAACCAGCUGCCUGCCCAGAAGAACUCGCGCCGCGGUCUGGCCGUGAACGAGUAUUUAGUCGUGAACGGUGCCGACAACGUCUGGGCCGUGGGUGACUGCGCCAUCAGCAACUACGCCCCGACUGCCCAGGUUGCCGGCCAGGAGGGUGCAUUCCUCGGCCGCCUCUUCAACACCAUGGCCAAGACUGAGGCCAUUGAGAAGGAGCUGAAGAGCCUUUCCGAUGCCCAGUCCCAGGCCAAGUCCGACGACGACCGCAACCAGGUCUUCGACGAGAUCCGCGAGCGCCAGCGCCAGCUGCGCCGCACCAAGCAGAUCGGCCCCUUCCAGUACUCGCACCAGGGCAGUCUGGCCUACAUUGGCAAGGAGCGUGCUGUGGCCGAUAUCAGCUGGCUGAGCGGCAACAUUGCCAGCGGUGGUACCAUGACCUACCUCUUCUGGCGCAGUGCCUACCUGAGCAUGUGCUUCAGCACCCGCAACCGUUUCUUAGUCGCCUUCGACUGGAUCAAGGCGAAACUGUUUGGCCGUGAUGUCUCGCGGGAGUAA